CGACAACGACUUCACGCCGCUGAGCAGCCGCAUCGACACCAUGGGCUGCUGCUGUGCGAGAUUGGGCCACGGCCCAGCAGGUGAGGUGGACGGGAAUGAAUUGGGAAGGCCUUGGGCGAUGUCAGUGAGUGCUUCUGGUGUCAGAGAGAAGCAGACAGAUGCGUGGACAUCCUGAGAUAGCUACAUGACAAUGUGGUGAUACAGGUGUAUCACCUUCGUGUUUCUCUCGGUGUCUGUCUACAGAUGAGGAGGCGAGGCGCAGAAGACUGGCGGAGGAGAGCGCCACGGGAGAGGUCGCUGCGGCACAGGUAACAGGGAUGCCGAGGGGGAGAUGUUGCACUCAUCGGUUGAUGCCAUGUUCUUUCUCUUGUUCAACAGACGUCUGCGAUGGGCGAGGAGGCCACCACUGACAACACCAACACCAACACACAGGUACCCAAACAAAGACCACAUAGAUACACAUAGAUACGUCCUCACCUUGCAGAUGAGUGGUUAGUCGUAUCUCUGUGUGUGGCAGGGGGCUGCGCCCGAGAGGGAGGCCACGAUGGAGAUGGGCGCCCAUCGUGACGAGGAGGGGGAAGGGGGGGAUGGGCAGGGGACGGCGGUGCAGCAGGAGGCGGGCCACCAGCGUGAGAUGGACAGGUCCAUGUCCACCCUGGUGCCCGCCAUCGAGCUGACACUGGAGAGAGAGAGGGACAGGGACAGGGAGAGGGAGGCCAUGCCGGUGAGGCCUCGCGGCACACCCACACGAGAGGGCCAGGUACACAGCACACCACUGGUAGAACAGACCUGCAUGUACAUCCAAUCGUCACCUUAUCUCUGUCUGUCCAUGUGUGUUGUGUAUGCAGGAGCUGCUCGCCCUCAGCGGCACGGAGGGGGAGGACAUGCUCGCCGCCGCGGCCGAGACCGCAUCCUCCUUCGUGUCCAAGGCCAUCGACAACUCGCUCCAGUUUCUGGACGACACCGACGAGGCCGUAAGCGAAGAAAACGCCAUCAAUGGAGAGAUACAUCAACACAUUGGGGUGCCUGUUGUGAUGUGGUGAAUGUCAGAUUGAGGGCAAGAAGAAAUGCCGCACCGCAGUCCAGCUGGCCGUUGACGGCUACCGGCAGCAGAUCGACGACAUGCGGGCGACCAAGGGCGGCUACCGGAAGAAGCGGGAAGCCAUCCGGGAGCGGGAGCAGCGGAUGAGGGAGCGCCAGGUCGAGAUCGACGCGCUCGACAAGGACAUCCGUAAGCGGGGCGCAGACAAAGCGGGUAUACACAAAACAAUGUGAUCAUUCCGUAUCCGUUUUGCUUCAGAGCUGCUCCAAGCCCGGAUCACCGCCCGCCCGCAGUCCCCCAGCCAGUCGCCCAGACAGUCGCCCAGCCAGUCGGCCGGCCAGUCGCCCACUCAGCCACCCGCUCAGCCCACCCCAGACACGACGCCCAGACCCCCCACGAGAGCGCCACAAGGGCGACGGCAGAGCAAGAGCGCCGCUGCAGCCGCUGCAGAGGAGGCCAUGGACGAGGCGGCCAGGGCGGACCGACAGCAGGCGACAGACGACGCGUUGCUGUUCUUCAUGCUGGAUGGCCACCUCGUGCCGCAGGAGGACGAGGAGCGACUGCGGCCCCGCUACGAGGCCAUCACAAGGGGGAGACGGGAGACUGCACCUGGUGCUGGUGCGGACGUCGCCCCUGACGUCGCCCCUCCUCCCUCCCAAGACACCCCGACCACACCAGACGCGGCAGCGAGUGUGGCAGCAGCAGUAGCAGCCCCAUCACAACCAGCAGAUGAGCCGUCGAGUGGCGAUGAGGGCGGCGACGACCUUGGCGACGAAGAGGACCUCCGUCGUCCUGUCAGGGCGCGCCGCGGGGCGGCAGGGGAGAGGAAGGGCGGCGUGCGGCUGUAUCAGCCGGUCGGCUCAUCAAUAUGGCGCCCGCGGCCUGUGACGGACUUCCCCUCUCCGUCCGGCCGUCGUGGUGCGACAAUGACGAGAAGCCGAGCGCCGUGUGGAUGCUGCCCCCCUCCGACGGCCGGCGGUGGCGUCCCCAUGCGGCGAGAUGUGGUCCAGGUACAACAGGUGUACCUGGACCGCAUUCUCGCCGACGUCGAGAGGGCCGCCGACGCUCCCUCGCCCUCCAGCUCGUCGUCCGCCCCACCAGACCCGCACAUCACGUUCGUCCUGGACAACGACCAUGGCCGUUUCAUCACCGGCCUACAGCACGCCAUCGGGCAGGCCCGCACCGCUGAUGGCGACUGGACGGGGGCGGGCGAGGACGUGGGGUGCAUGUGGGGGGAUGUGGUGGUCAAGGUGGAUGGGCGGUUGGUGGGGGGGCGGGAGUGGUAUCAGGGCAAACUGAUCGACUCGGUGCACUGCAGGGAUCUGUGCGUGUUUUGGCUGAGCCGGGUUGAUCGCUGAUUGCAUGUGGGGAAGGGGAGGGCGGAGGGAGGGAGGGAGGGAGGGCGGAGCCGUGUUGUGUUGAGGGAGGUCGCCGCGUCGACUCAAUGUGCCAUUUUCUGUGUGUUGGUGUGAAAGGGAGGGAGAGGGAGAGAAAGAAGAAGGGAAGAAGGGGGAAGGGGCAAAGGAAGCGAGGAAUGGAGGGAUCCCUGGGUCGAGCGGGGUGCUAUUUUUUCUGUGUCGUGGUGUGACGGACGUGUGCAGCAGUUCCUAUGCACUGUCACAUGAGUUUGGUGUCGUUGAUGCAUAAAGACUGAGAGAACUGACCUGUCUAUGGACAUUCGUCACUAAGUGAUGUGUCCUCCCUCGUAUGCGCACCGACGUGCUGCACAAGAUGGACUGAACUCAGAGAGCAAACCUGACUGAGUACUAGACAGCUGUGUAUUUGGAGUGCUUCAUCGCGCCUGAUGCAUUGUGGUGAUGUGUGUCGUUCCGUGAGUGUAUGGUGCACGUGUGCCGUGGCUGCGUGUGCGUGUCAGACAGACACAACUGGUAGGUAGAGAUUCCUUGAUCAUGGGUCAAGUCAG